AAAAAUUUCCGUCAUAAUCCGGACAAACGCCAUAUUGGAAAGAUGGCCACGAAGGAGUCCAAACGAGUUGCAGACUUACGAGUUGUUGAUUUAAGAUUACAGUUGGAGAAACGUGACUUGGAUAAAUCAGGUGUUAAAGCUGUUCUUGUCGAAAGACUGCAAAAGGCUCUAGAAGAAGAAGGUCAUGACCCAAACACUGUUGAAUUAGAGGUAACUGAAUCACCAGCUGGCAAAAAAACACCAGGAUCUGCCAGAAAAGCACAGUUAAAAACAAAAACAGAUGAAGACAAAGAUGCAGAGGAUAAAGAUGCAGACAAGUUUGAAGACGAGGGUGAAGAGGAUGAAACUGAAGAUUGCUCAGUUGAGAUUAUAGAACCUAAAGUUGAUACAGUAGACCUUACAGAGAAUGAUUCAGAGAAGGAGGACAAUGACACUGUGACUGAUGAAAAAUCUGACGAAAAGAAAACUGACCAGAUAGAGAACGGGUUGGAGGUUGCAUCAGAGCAGACUGAAGCUAAGCAAACCAGUACAGACUCAAAGGAGGAACCAAUGGUAGCUUAA